AUGGAGAGAACGUUUGAGUUCCCGCCAAACAGAAUUCGGCGCGCUUGCUUUUGUCUAAAUACCCUAUUUCCCCGAGCUAAAGCCCUUGCAGGCCCUCUACCUCUCAGAUCUCAACUUUCUCCUCCUUUCGCUCUCACUGGAACUCCAAACAAGCCCAGCCUGUUCAGCUCAUCAGCUUUUCUCUCUGUGGUUCCGUUUGCGCCAUUUCCCUCUCACCUACCUCUUUCUAUCCCUUAUUCUUAUUGCCAUUCUUCGCUGGUGUGGAAUCCCCAAACAGAGGGAUCUUAUAGAAGGCGUCUCCGAUUCAAUUGGCUGGAGCAAAGACCUAGCAGCAGUGGUGCUCCUCGUGGAGGAAUCUGGAAAAGCGUCUCAUGCAUUGUAACGAUCAUUCCAGUACUAACAAGAAGAAUUGAGUUUUGCGGGUAA